UCCUGGAAGUUCCAGAGUGCAGCAGGUGCCUUGCAGGGGUUUUUGGCUGCUGUUGACCAAGUUGAGAAUUGAAAGGUCAGGAAUCAAAGUUAUGGGGAUAUAAAAAUCCCUGUCCAGGGGCUGGCGAGGUUCCAGUGCCCACAGUCUGAUGCUAUCCAGCAUUCUUCACUGUCCCAAGGUUGUAAAUAAAACCAUUGCACAAUCCGCAGCCCAGAAUUCAAAGCUCUUAGCCCAGAAGCAGCUGGGCCUUGGAGGUGUUUGCUCGUGACCUUUUCUCUCCCCACACCCUGGGGCUCCUGGGAGGAGCUGAGGUCUGAGCUGCCUGCCAGGAUGCUGCCUCUGUCAGUGCCGGCGUUCUGCUGCCUUCCUGGGUCCUGUCACAUCCUUCCUGCUCGACCAUUGGGUGCACAGGAUGGAAACUGCUCUCCCGUAUUUGGAAGACAGCGUGUGGCGUGGUUUCAUAGAGCUGUGGCUGGAGACUGAAGCGGCAGCCCCUUUCUCAGGCUUUCUGUAGCCAGUCUGUGUUGGAGGAAAGGGAAGCACUCCAUGCCCUGCAGGUCUGAGAAGAUGGAGGGACAAGUAGUAGGCGGGAUGUUCAGGCUCUUCCGCAACCGGCUGCCUCGACUCCGAGCAGGACCUCCCCAGGACAAUCUGGGGGAAGAUGUAAAGGAACCAGAAAGAGCCCAGGAGCACUGUCUGCCCAACUUUGCUGGAGGGCAGCACUUCUUUGAAUACCUCCUUGUGGUUUCCCUCAAAAAAAAACGUUCAGGGGAUGAUUAUGAGCCCACGAUCACCUACCAGUUUCCCAAGCGGGAGAACUUGCUUCGGGGCCAACAGGAGGAGGAGGAACGGCUGCUUGGAGCCAUCCCCUUGUUUUGCUUCCCAGAUGGGAAUGAGUGGGCACCACUCACUGAGUACCCCAGGGAGACCUUCUCCUUCGUCCUGACCAAUGUGGAUGGGAGCAGGAAGAUUGGAUACUGCAGGCGCCUCUUGCCCGCCGGCCGUGGCCCUCGCCUUCCCAAGGUGUACUGCAUCAUCAGCUGCAUCGGCUGCUUUGGCUUGUUCUCCAAGAUCCUGGAUGAAGUGGAGAAGAGGCAUCAGAUAUCCAUGGCAGUCAUCUACCCGUUCAUGCAGGGUCUCCGAGAGGCAGCCUUCCCUGCUCCUGGGAAGACUGUCACCCUCAAGAGCUUCAUCCCCGACUCGGGCACUGAGUUCAUCUCACUCACACGGCCCCUGGACUCCCACCUAGAACAUGUGGAUUUUAGUUCUCUGUUACACUGCCUCCGUUUCGAGCAGAUUCUUCAGAUCUUUGCCUCUGCAGUGCUGGAGAGAAAAAUCAUCUUCCUGGCAGAAGGUCUCAGCACCCUGUCUCAGUGCAUCCAUGCUGCGGCCGCGCUGCUCUACCCCUUCAGCUGGGCACAUACCUACAUUCCUGUUGUCCCUGAGAGCCUUCUGGCCACUGUCUGCUGCCCCACUCCCUUCAUGGUUGGAGUACAAAUGCGCUUUCUGCAGGAGGUUAUGGAGAGCCCCAUGGAAGAGGUCCUGUUGGUGAACCUUUGUGAAGGAACCUUCUUAAUGUCAGUUGGUGACGAAAAAGACAUCCUACCACCCAAACUUCAGGAGGACAUCCUAGACUCUCUUAGCCAGAGGAUCAAUGAGUUACAGACUUUGGAACAAAUCAACGAGCAUGUUUCAGGCCCUUUUGUGCAGUUCUUUGUCAAGACUGUGGGCCACUAUGCUUCCUACAUCAAGCGGGAUGCAAAUGGGCAAGGCCAUUUCCAAGAACGGGCCUUCUAUAAGGCUCUGCCCUCCAAGGCCAACCGGCGAUUCGUGAAGAAGUUUGUGAAGACACAGCUCUUCUCCCUUUUCAUCCAGGAAGCCGAGAAGAGCAAGAACCCUCCUGCAGGCUACUUCCAACAGAAAAUACUUGAAUAUGAAGAACAGAAGAAACAGAAGAAACCAAGAGAAAAGACUGUGAAAUAAGAGCUGUGGUGAACAGGAGGGACUAGACGUAUAGGCCAGUUUUGGACUUUGGCCCCUGCCAGCAUGGUAGGAUCGGUGAAGCUCUCAGCCCCCAGAAUCCACAGCCGCCUUCUGAGUCCUGGUAACCAGGUGUUGCUUCAAGCUGGUGUCUUGAGUUUGGGAUCCCUGGAAUCAGCUUUCUCAGGACUUUGGAAGGCUCUGAGCUCUGUGUUCACAGAGCUGGGCUCAAAGCUGCCAUUUUCUGCAGAGGUGACAUAGAGCAGGGAACAGUAGUACAGGUGUUGUAGAGACGUAGAAGUUGCUGUAACUGCCCUCUCCCAGGAACCACUAUUCCAAAAUCCUCAACAGAGAAAGCAGUUGUGGCCAAAGGCUCAGUCUCUCCACAUAAAAAAAGAGGUCUGUGGACAUGUGACAGUAACAAUAAAGAUGAAAAUCUUGUUGUUU